UGUAGUUAAAUGGAGAUCGCGGAGGCAAGAGGAGCAUCUAAGUGCGUGGAGGCAAAAAUGGAGAAAGAAGUGGCGUCUCACAAGCGACAAUAUCGCCGCACGACAGCGCUGAACAUAAUCUCGUCUUUAUGUUCAGUGGCGUCCAUCGCGUUCUGCGUUCUUCUGAGCAUUAACGCGGCUGAUAUCAAGCACCGAGUUGUGGAUUUGGAGAGUGGCAAAGGCGAGCACACCUUCAUCCAAGCCCCCGGCUACUCCAUGGAUGAUUUGAAUUCACUGGUUCAACAAAGAGUGGAUGAGCUGCUCUCUCAGCGCACCUAUGAGAAUUUUGUCAAGAUACGGACUGCCAGGCAAGCAGCACCUGAAUGCAACUGUCCUCCAGGACCUCCGGGGAAGCGAGGAAGACGAGGCCGCAACGGAGAAACUGGACCUCCUGGCCCUCCAGGUCCAAAGGGGGAAAAGGGGGAUCAAGGCGACCAGGGACCUCGGAUGGUCUUCCCUAAGAUCAAUCAUGGCUUUCUUUCCGCUGACCAGCAGCUCAUAAAGCGACGGCUCAUUAAGGGAGAUCAGGGGCAGGCGGGACCACCCGGGCCACCAGGGCCACCGGGCCCUCCUGGACCCAGAGGGCCUCCAGGUGACACUGGAAAGGACGGACCCAGAGGUGUUCCUGGUCUACCAGGCGAUCCAGGGCAGCCUGGAGAGACUGGACCCAUGGGACCUGAGGGGCCACAAGGGCAAAAGGGCUCACUUGGCCCUCCUGGCAUCCCCGGCGUUGACGGACUGAAGGGGGAUGUUGGCAUCCCAGGACUGGACGGUGUCCCGGGAGUUAAGGGUGAAAUGGGAGAACGAGGUGAAAAGGGCGAUAUGGGUGAAGAAGGACCGAAAGGUGAUAUGGGGGAGAAGGGAGACGCAGGUUCUUCUGCAGCAGGCAUCAAGGGUGAACCUGGAGAACCUGGACGAAGUGGACAUAAGGGAGAGCCAGGACUUCCAGGGCUGCCUGGACUCCCAGGGAUAAAGGGUGAGCCUGGAUUCCUUGGUCCCCAGGGAGAGCCGGGGCUUCCAGGGCUCCCAGGAACGAAGGGCGAGAGAGGCGACCACGGACCACCAGGAAAAGGUGAACGAGGAGAAAUUGGACCAAUCGGGCCAAAGGGUUCACAAGGAGAGGCUGGUACACCAGGACCUAAAGGGUCAAAGGGGGAGACUGGAGAUAAAGGAGACUUGGGGUCUAUUGGCCCGAGGGGCCCUUCAGGGCAGAAAGGAGACCAAGGAGCCACAGAAAUCAUCGACUACAACGGAAACAUUCAGGAGGCUUUACAGAAGAUUACCACUAUUACAGUUACGGGUCCUCCAGGGCCUCCUGGGCCUGAGGGACCACAGGGCACGAAGGGGGAUCGUGGGAUGCCUGGUCUGCCUGGACUCGAUGGAGAAAGAGGAUACAAAGGUUCCAAAGGAGACAUGGGAAUGCCUGGAGCUUCAGGAGACAAAGGAACAACCGGUUUACCUGGCUUACCUGGUGUCAACGGGGUGAAAGGUGAUAAAGGAGAUCCAGGACUACCUGGUCCUCAAGGUCCUUCUAUUAUUGGCCCUCCAGGAGCACCAGGGCCUCACGGACCCCCAGGACCUAUGGGACCCCAUGGCUUCCCCGGACCGAAGGGUGAAGGUGGUUUACAUGGUGCGAAGGGUAUAAGAGGAGAACCAGGACACAAAGGAGACCGCGGGCCUUUGGGUCUCCCUGGAGCCUCCGGCUUGGACGGCAAGCCCGGAAUUAGGGGCAUGGAUGGACCUCCGGGUCCAGCUGGUCCAGCUGGGCCAAAGGGUGACAUAGGUGAGAGAGGAGCACCAGGCGAGCCAGGACCAAGAGGACCUUAUGGACUACCUGGAGCUGCUGGAACACCAGGGCUGGAUGGGUUGCCAGGCUUAAGGGGAGAGAAAGGCGACGAUGGGGAAAGAGGAGAAAAGGGUUUCCGGGGAUUUAAGGGUGAAAAGGGGGAACCAGGGCAGCCAGGUCUGGACGGGCUGGAUGCCCCAUGCCAAUUGGGCCCGGAUGGAUUACCAAUGCCUGGGUGCUGGCAGAAGGGAGUCACACCGUGGCUGGUAGCCUGAAACCGCCCCACAGAAAGUAAAGCUGUUGCUUGUUGUUGCUUUAUUGUGGUGAUGCCUGCAGAGGGUCAGCAGGUUUUAUUCACCGUUGCACUCAUGAGGCUCGGCCACACGUCUCCAGACAAGAGAGGUGGGAAGAGCUUGGCGGGCACUGACAGGAAAAUCUGGGUUUUCUUUUUUUUUGGACGGGCAGUGCUUUAGGAAAACCCCUCCUCUGAGCGCAGGAAUGGAUUCUGAGCCUCAUCGGUCUCCGUGGAGACCAGCUGGACGCUUCGAGGUCUACUGAGAGCGUUGCCAGAAUGCAAUCAUCUAUUAUUUUUCUUCUUUUAUUUGCUCUCAUUCUUACACAUUGUGUAUUUUGUGUAUAAUAGCCUUUGGUGCCUCAAGCUUUUAUUCAUUCCUCUUUAUCAGAAAUGUACAACUUUAUAUCAUGUUCCGAGUCAGUAGAAAAGGUGUUUUAUUUCAUAAAAGGUUGGAUUGACACUGUUUUUCACACGAGCUGUUGGAUUAGCGUGUAGCUUCACCCGCAGCCACCUCGAAUGAACAUCCAGCAUUGUUGCAAAUAUGCUAUUUUUUAUUUUUUUUAAUUAUAUGGGUUAUUAUUUGUACAGUGUUGUCAGUUCGCUGCAUGUUACACAGUUAUGGAUUUCUUAAAUGUUGAGAAUAAGCGUUGAUUUUAAGGAAGUGCAUCCGAAGCGUUUCUUUCAAGCAUCAGAUUUAGCUGAACACACAGUAGCUGGUAUCUCACUGCUCUUUUACACCUCGUUUAUUGUCUUAAAUCGGUAGAAAAACACGCAAGAAAAGCUCAGUUUGACAGAUUAAUUACGCAGCAGGUGGACAUUCCUUAUCCGAUGGAGCAACAGGUUUAUUUUUCACCAUGUUUCGUGCGUUCAAAUUGCCUUUUGCCAUAGUCGCUGCUAUGCAAGGUGAUGCCAUCAUUUUUUUUUUCCAACAUUACAAAUAUGCAUUUACUGUAAGAGCAGAUGUGAAUAUUUUAUUGUGAUGUGGCAGCAAAGACAGAGAUUUACUUCCAUUUUUUAGUGUUUUUUUUAGAUUGUACAGCUCAUCUCAUCAUUAGCAAAGAAUGGAUCUGUAUAGAUUAUAAUGGUGCUAUCAGAUAGUAGGUCAACAGCAGCUCAGUGGAAGAAAUACACAACAGGUUUCUUUAUUGUUGUUUAUUGGAGGUUUUUUUGUGGAUAUAUGUUGUGUUUCAGCAUUUUAAGUGGUACAUUAUUUAUUUUUCUAUAAUUUCUUAAAUGAAGGCAUUUCUCUUUUUUUUCCUUCGGUUCUAAACAGCAUUCCUUUUUGGCUUCCGAUGUUGAUAUGAAGAAAUAAAUUUCGGUGAAAACGGUUAUGCAAAACGGUGCGACGUGAAGAAAGACCAGUGUGUGUUCACUGUGCGUUUUCUUACAGGCCUUACCAUGACAUGCAUCGUUUUUUGUUUUCGUUUUGUGCGUCAGAAAUUUGUAAAAAAACAAGAAAAAGCUAAAUAUGACAACAAGCGGCCUGAAUGCGGACAGGCCCCCAACCAAUGCAACCGUGUACAGUUACAGAUUUGACAGCCUUUUUCUCACGCUUUCUCUCUUUUCUCUCUCUCUCUCUCUUUGCAUUGAAUGUAGUUUGAUAUCUGUAUAGUGGAUUAUUAAUGUACUGUUGACAUGUGUGCUCAUUUUGACAUAAAGUGCAAUUUAUACUUUGGUUAAUGUGUGUAGCAUCGAAUGCAGCUUAGACCUCUACAGCUCCAUUUGCUCAGUCAUGCUACUCCUGUGUACCACUACCUGGAAAGAAAAAUGAUUAUUUACCAGAAGAAACUUACAUAAACCUUGAAUUAAAUCUCAAUUGACACGAUUCUUUUUUUGCUUGUCCCUUCAUGUAUGUUUUCAAGUGUUAUUUCCAUUACUUAAUACGUUUUUGCAAUGUGUUUUUUUGUUUUGAUUUCCAGCCUUUGUUACAGCAUUUGAUCUCACAAGGUGCUGUAUCUUUAGCAUGCGCAGCUAGUUUUUUUUAAUAGAUUUUUUUUUUUUAUUUGGUUGAUCUUUUGAUGGUUUAUGAUUCUUUGUUGAAGUUUCAACUUUAGUGCCAAAAUAUUUCAAACAUUUAUUUCCAUUUUGGUAUCAACAGAGUAUCUGUUUAUUUGUAUUAUUUUUAUUUUUUGCAGAAAUCCUCAGAAAUUCUCUGAAAAACACACCCUUUUGCCCCAAUUUACUUUCAGAGUAAAAGUGUUGUAGGAUAAUUAAGCUACAUGCGUUGUUCUUUUGCAUUAUUGUCAAAGAAAUUGGUGUUUUGUCUAAAAAUCCCACACUUCUCUACCCUCCGAUGCACUGCAGCCUUACGGAAAACGUAUAUUGCCACAUACUUUCCAGAACAAAAAUGCAGACUGUAGCAAAAACAAUAAUAAUAAAAAAGCAAAAUCCACUUUGUGGUUUAUCUGAGUUCUGAUUGAUUUUUUUGGGGUUGUGGUAAAUGUUCAAUUUCUGUUCUGCAUUUGUGUUAUGUCUUUUUUUUUACCCACUUGAUUGACAUUUCUUUGAGGACCCUUGUGUUCACACAUUAUAUUUCAAGUUGACAUUUCAUAUGACUGUACUGUUGGAGCCAAAUAAACACAGUCUUUCAAAAACAUCAAAAAA